AUGUUUUCUUUAAACGACAUUCCUCAUUACUGCAGAAAUACUUAUAGAGUGAAAACCGACAGUGUGAUUUUCAAGAACGCACAAAUGGUAACAUCUGUCAAAUGUGACGGAAAUGAGAGAAACGUUGGUCACUGUCAGUUUACUGUGACAGAUUCGGGUGUAGUUUAUAACCCAUCAGGCUUUGACGACGCCAAUACGACUACAUACCUCGUUUGCGGAGAAAUCGGAACAGGUGAAUUGCAAUUCCUUAAUAGUUCCCACACAGGCGACCAAAUUAUUGUCAACAGCGGUGUUUCAACUGAUUUAGUUUGUGUUGCCGGUCCAUCCAUUCCAAGACAGACUAUCACAUGGAAUUUUCUUCUUGAAUACAAUGUCACAGACACCUACCAGAUGAGUAAUACAGGGAGAUAUAUGACCAUAUCUAGAUUAACUUUUAUCCCUGAUGUCAGAAAACAUAAUGGUUCAACUAUAUCUUGCCGGCUUCAACUUGCAUAUGGUGACCUCAGAUUUGUAUCGGAACGUGUAAGAAUCCUUGUUGGAGUUGCUGUAUCGGAAGUGUCCAUACACACUAGUCGGCAUAGUGUAUCGUUUGGAGACACGAUCAAUUUGUCUUGUACCACUUCGUACAGUGAUCCUGUUCCAACAGUUCAGUGGUUUAUCAAUAAGAACCACUCGGUGUUGUCUUCAAGGGACACUGUGUUCACUGACAGACAGACAAAUCUCUCACAGAUUGUUAGCGAACUGAAUUUUAUUGUAAAUGAUACCUCGUUUAAAUCUGUGAGAUUCCACUGUGAGGCUUUUAAUAUACCGUCAGUAAACAGCGUGAAAUCUCCAGUGAUCAUCCUUUUCAUCACAUCGUCCUCAGUAGAAACUACAACAGAUAACUCAAGGGUAGAAAAUUCAACAUUACUUUCAACCGGAAACAUGUCUGCAGUGAGAGACAAAUCCAUAUAUAAAUACUUAUCAAUCUCCCUUGGCACUGCAGUUUUUAUAUGUGCUGUUGUCAUACUAGCCUUAAUCCUGAGGAUUAAAAGAAUACAAGAUGGAAACCAAGGACAAAAUAGUUUAGUGGACAAUUAUAACAGACGGCGAUUGCAAACUCCGCCUUUAGAUAAGACAUUUGAAGAAGAGACGUAUGACAAUCUAGGUAUGUCAGCUGAAGAUGUAUCCGAUAACCAAGAACGCUAUGAAGUCCUGGAAUUUAGAGACGGGGAUGAAAAGACGAGCAGAGCAGGUAAAAGUGAAAUGGAACUUUAUGUGAAUACUGAUAUCAGAAAUAAAUGACGCUGCUACUGUACAGUAUCGUUUAUUUUGAAGACAUAACUUGCUUACUUCACUGAAAACAUCAAUGUGUACAUUAAAGGAGUUGUUUCUUCAGAAUAAUUAAUUGAUGAAAGACACUGUUUCUGUUUUGAAGUGUUGCUAAAGUCCGAUUUAUUGUCAUAUAAUAACGUUUCAAGACAGUUUUUGUAUCACAUUAUCAAUUUUAUUUUGUCGGAUGCCAUGUAAUUGUUAUACCUGGUCAAUUAUUGUAAUCAUUAAGAGUAAUCUCAAUUGCUGUCCUGUUUCUUUAGUGUUUUGUUGUACAUUUGGACGUAAUGUUUGAAGAUUUAAGACAGAUGAAAUGCAUUAUUUCGAGAAUAGCCCUAUGUAUAUAUAACAAAAUUUGUGCAAAUACCCUUUGAAACAUUAAACACAACCAAGCCCCGGGUUGAUUGAGUCAGUAAGAGAGGUUAUGAAAUGUGCAAUACCUCUCAGACUUUGCUGAUUUUUUGAGAUCACUUUUAAAGCCAGAAGCCGCUUGUUCCAUUCUGAUUUGAAAUUUAAAAUUGACCAACGGCAAGGUUCUAUUCCGAGAUUGGUCCCAUUUUUCAGAUUCCUACCCUCUUUAAGAUAUUCAUCUUUCUGCCGUUCAGCCGCGCGACAUUACGUAGGAGCUUAUCAGAAUUUAGAUUGAAACGGCAAAGUUUUGUACAGGUGGAUAUAAGUCACUGACAAAAAUACAUGUAGUUAGGUUUUACAUACCUAUCGCCCCCUUCCCAUUCAAUUCCGCCCUGUUGCAUUAUAAGCAUGUUGAUAUAUACAUAUUUUUUCUCAUUAUUGUUUUUAAAUACUCAUCCAUUCAUAUUGUUUCAUUAAACCAUCAUUUUGUUAUAGUUAUUUAUAUGAAAAUAUACUUUGCCAAGUUUUAUAUUCAGCAAAGUGGAGUAUUGUGUUGAUCAUGUUGAUAUUGAAUGCGAUUACAUUGACAUUCAAUCAGUGUGUUAAUAAAGUGUGAAAUAGAUUUCAUAAUGACAUUGAAUAGAAUUUAUUGUGGUAUGGAAUCUAAUUUAUUAUGCUGACAUUGUGUUCUUUGACGUAAUGAUUGACAUUAUUUAAAGUUUUAUGUAAUUGGUUCGGCGGGUGUAGGAAUCAAUAUUUGACAUUGAGCGAACAUUGUUGGGCUUUUUUUAUGUCAAUCAUUUGAUAUUUGUUUACACUCGUAACUUGAUGUAUGCUUAUACUUUGUUGUGACACGUGAGAACAAUUAAAUUUAUAUAUUGCA